AUGGAAGAGUGGUUCAAGAAGGUAGUGUUAAUGUGGUUGGUGGUACUAAGUAACGCGGCAGUUUUGCCGCCGCCAUGGGCAGAUGUUCAGAGUAAUCCAUGCGCUUCUCAUCCUCGAGGGUGGCUGAUGCUGUAUUGGCCUAUGGAUGGGAAAUGUUAUACCAUCUAUAAGAAAGGCCACCCAUGUCCAGAUACACAAGAACUCAGCCCAGGACGCCGUGGGUCUAUGACGGUGGCUGAAUGCAAGUGUCCCCCGGGAACUGCGCAAUUACCCCACACGACUACAUGCCAUAAACUGUUUGAGAGAGGGCCAUGUAGAGUAGGGGAGUACUUUGCACCCGUCGAGGAGUCUUUCAAAAAAAGAGGUGAACGUCAAGGCAUAUGCGUGAGGCCAAAGCAAUGCGCAGACGAGACCUUGGUCUACUGGCCUCCGGACGACCGAUGUUACUACAGGAUGACUCAGGGGCCUUGCUUUUUGGGGUCCAUCUUGGAAGUUGGCAAAGAUGGACUCGCCAAUUGUACGUGCAGAAAGACAAGUUCCAACUACUGGUCUACAGAUGAUAGUUGUUACCCGCACUAUUCUCGUGGUCCCUGUGAGAAGGGCCAAUUGUUUCUCCCUGGAUCCAGGUGCGGCUGUGAGAGUCAUCUCCCGCAUUAUCAUAACGAGACGAAAGGGUGUUAUGAACUAGAUUCUCCCGGCCCAUGUCCAAAAGGCCACACAUUCUCAAUAGUGGAAGUGUCUUCGAAAGGCUCAAGAGCUGAAUGCAAAUGCAAGUCCUUCCACGCGAGGGCAUCUGACGGGGCUUGCUACAGAAUGUAUACAAGAGGACCCUGUGAUCAAGAUGAAAUGAUCACCAGGGAUGGAAGGUGUACCAAGGUGCCCUGCGCUAGAGGUCGUCUGUACUCCCCGAAGCGUCGUCGCUGCUAUAGACCUGGUGCGACAGAGCCGUGUCCGCUCGGCGAGGUACUCUCGUUCGACUUCGAAGCUCGCCCAGCCGUGGACGGACUCAGCCAUAACGGAGUCUGCGCUUGUGGACCUGGUGGAUUGUGUCUUCGGAAAAAGGUAAUAACCUGUCUCUCAAAACCCGGUGCAGCGAUUUUUGGUAACACUUGCCAUACCCUCCAUACACAAGGGCCAUGUCCAGAAGGCGCUUGGCUGAUCAGGGAUAAGGGGAUGGUGAAGUGCCAGUGCAGACCAGACAAUAACUGUGGUGUUGGAGACAGAUGA